AUGUCCCCUCGCCCACCGAUGCCACCUUUCAUGCCCACCUUGGACUUCGACUGGCCCACGGGUGCCCAGCAGGUUCAGCUCGUCUACAACAUCUUCGAAGGACGUCUGCGCGGCGCGUUGGCCAAGAAGGAGCACGUGGCUCCUGAUGAUUUUGAUAGGCAUUGGCUGAAGAUGAUUAUACCCAUUCUGAAGGUACUGGAUUACAUCCAGGAGCAAAAGGGCCUCACCGCCUCUCCGGCCCUCAUGGCGAUGCUAUAUGGCGGGCGGCCCACGAAAGACGGCGCGUUUAGAGCCGUUGAAAAGGUGCUGCGGGAUACCGCCCCCAACUUUGUCCCCCCUGCCGACCUUGGCAGCGACCUCUGGUGGGCUGCCUGGGGGACUCCGGUGGUGUCUCCCCUCUUGCCGCCCUCAGAGGACCCGUUGACGCAGCUGCCUCCCCUCCGCCUUCGCGACCACUCCCCUAUGGCAAUCUCCGUCCAUGACGAUGGGGACACCGAGCCCGCUGUCGAAACGGGGCAACGGCCGCCGGCGGAUAUCGACCUCGCCCAGUCCGACCGCGAGGAGACUGAGAUGGAAGAAGGCGCGAAGAAGACUGGCCAGGCGAAAAAGAAGCGCAAACGCGAGAACUCGCAUACCGCUGGCGGAAGCUCUGCUGCCGGCGAGCAGUCAACGGCCCAACCACAGGAGCGGACAGCUCCCAAAAAGCAAAAGAAAGUCCGCCUCGCGACGACGACAAAGGCUCCCACAGCGGGCGGAUCCAAACAGGCCGCAGCGCCGGCUGACCAGCGUAUUGAGGACAUGACGCCCGCCAGGGCUGCCAAGGCUGCCGCCGCCGCUGUUGCAACGCUUCAACGUGAAGUGGAAGGGUAUGGUACGACAUUGAACGAUAUCGUUCAGCGGGUCAACUGCAUCGCAACGGCCGAGCAAGUGGAAGCCUUGCGACGCGAAGUGGCCGAGUUGACCAAGUCGCGGAAGGAGAUGGCGGAGAAGCUGAAAGCCUUUGAGGCCGCACAUGGAGGCCGCACCAGCCGCCAGUAA